ACCUUUAAGCUGAAGCAACAAAAAUAAAUAAAGGCUCAAACAAGGCAGCAGCAAUCGCUGGACGCGAUACAUGCAGUGUUGGUGAAGAAAAUUAAUAAACACAACAACAAAAGCAGCAGCACUGAGCAUAUCUCGCAGACAACAAAAAAUAAAAAUAAAAAUAACGAUGUAACAACAGUCUUGCUGAAUCGGGAAUCUGGAUUCUGAAAUAAAAAUGCACGCAUAAAUUACACAGACACUUGCAGAACUCGCGGAAAAAAGAAAAAUGAAGUUGCCUACUGGAAUUUGUUGCAACUACCAAAUUUAGUAAGAAGUGGCAACAAUAAAAACAGAAAAGGCAACAAUCAACCAACAAAGCAAAAAAAAUAUAUACAAACUCAAUCAAUGUAUGUUGCAGCAUAUUCAGCAAUGGAAUGCUGGUAAUUUGUGGCAGCUGAAUGCACUACCGCGCUACCGUCUUCAGCACCUACACAUACAUAUGUACAUACAUAUGGACACACACAUAUACAUUAUCUUCUGCUUCAGUUAGCCAGCGUUUCGCGCAACAUUGCCGUUGACCGGAAAAUCAACGUCAACAACAUUGACGUGCGCAACAUUGAAUGGCAUUGCAACAGUGUUGUUGUGUGUCUUUAACUUGCGCGCCGACUGGUUAGCCUGGGAACCAGUGUAAAAUGUUGCAUGUUGACCAGAACAAAAGUCAAAGCCAUAAGUUAUUCAAUACGCAUAUCAAUAAAGCACAUAGCAACAAUAAAAGAUAAAUAACAACAAGUAAACGGCGUACAUAUAUAUGUAUGUAUAUAAAAAUAAAGCUGUAAAAAUAAUCAACAAAAAGAAGAGAGUAAAGCUCCACUGCCACUGCCGCCGCCAAUAUGGAGGAGGACGUGUUGAACGCACUGCAAACGCGUACGGCCUACUUACCUGGCGGCUAUGAUCGCACCGGCAAAAUCAUCGUUGUUGUUAAUAUCAUCAAUGAUUUACAACUGUGGAAUCGCAGAUGUUUGGAACUAUCGAUUGCCUACUUAAAACGUGCUUUGAGCGCUGCUAUCUUGCAACGAGGCGUUACUGUCAUUGUGGAUGCACAGAAAAGUACAACGCGCAUCACUCGUACGCAUGCGCGUAUCAUUUAUGCGCUCUUCGAUGAUAUUACAGUCAAUUUAUUUCUAGUCAGAGCAGAGGGUUUCUGGGAGAAGCAUGUGGAGACGUGUACAAGCAAGUCGCAGGCAAAGGGAGAGCCCAUUGUAUUGUCGAAGGCGCGCUUAAUAAAAUAUUUCGACCUGUCGCAAUUGCCGGAGGAGUUAGGUGGCACUUUGUCAUUUAACUAUGAUUUAUGGCUGCAGCAGAGAAAGGCCAUUGAUGAAUUCCAAAAGACUUUUGAUUCCACACUCAACAGCAUGGAAAACUUGCAUGUAGUGCUGCUGAAUAAUAAAUCAUUGCGGCCAGCGGAAGCGGAUGUUGAGCUAAAGAAAUGCGCACAGCUGCAUACAAGCGUACAACAACAAAUCGAAGUGGUCAUAGAAUUGGGCAAUCGCGUAUUAAAUCGAUUGGCCGAGGCGUAUUCACCCCCCAAACUAGUCUCAGCUCAUUCCCAUUCAUCGAGCGAAUAUUUACCCGUACAAAAUCAAAUGCCAAACACAUCCACUGUCAUAAAUAUAAAUGCCGUAUCUUCGCUUUCCUGCCACGAUCCAAAUGGUAACAGCUUUCAGUCACCUUCGAAUGCCACCUGCACCUCAACCAAUUCGCCCGCUGCACGCUUGUCCCUGCCGCCGGACCUACAAAGUGCACGCGCACGCAUCGAACUUCUGCUUAAUCAAAUCGAACGUAAGCAAACCGAAAUACGCACCGCGUGGCUGGAACUCUUGCAGAGCAUACGUGAAGCACGCGAACUGACACAUCUGGAAGAGGGUGUCGCCUUCGUUACAAAUUGGAUUCUACAGACUGCCGAACAGCUGCUCAGUCGCCAGUAUAGCAUUGGCGGUGAUGUGCACACCUGCGAGACGUUGCGUACCGCACACGAUGCACUCGAGCUGGAGUGCCGCGAAACGUAUGGCUUCUAUGCGGAAUUGCUGUAUAAAAUCGAUGCAUUCGCCGGGUUCAAGGAUACAUACGCCUAUAAGGAUUUGUUGUCGCAGCGUGAUUUCAUGCAAUUUGUGUGCCGCUCGUUUGCUACACGGCUUGAGCGGCGUCGGAAUGUGCUCAUCACAUCGUUGCGGUUUUUUCGACUCGUCAGCGAGUAUUUCGAUCGGACGACUGCGGUUUUCGAAACACUAGUCAUGGGAAAUAAGAUAGCAGAGGAGAAUUUCGAGGUGGCAGCGGAGAAUUUGCAGCAAUUGAAGGAGAGCCAAGUGAGUUUAGGUAAGUUGUUAAGAAGGGGGGAUUGAGAUUGAGUGGUGAAGGGCGGUUAAAGACAAAUGUUCAUAUGUAGCUACGAA